AUGUCCGACGACGAGAACAAGGGAUCGGGAACCAUCUACUCCCGCAACAAGGAAGACACAAUCGAAGCCGAGACCCUCCUCUGGCGCGCAAUGUGCGACAGCAAGACGAAGCACCUGAAGAGAUACCUCGACAAGGAGGCCGUCCUCGCCCACCCGGGCCAGAAGCCACUCUCACCCAAAUCCAAGCCGACACUCCAGGAGUACCUCGAGGAGGACUGGGAGCCCUGGACGGCGUACCGCAUGCACGACGACCCCGAGUUUGUCGAGAUUGACAUGAUGAGCUCCAGCCUGGUGUACAGAGUCACCGCGUGGCGCCAGGAGGGGAAGAAGCUCGUCGCGACGGAGGGAAUUUGCAAUAGUGUUUGGAAACAGGAGCCUGGCGGUGACUGGACUUGCUGCUGCCACCACAUGAGCACUCUUUGA